AUGCAAGAAGAAGAAGUAGAAACAUUAUAUAAAGCUCUGAUGACAAAUGUUGUAACUGAUGAACAAAUAAUUGAGUUUUUAUCAUAUUUACCACAAAAUCAAGGUGGAUUAUUUCCAAUCGGAUUUGGAUUAUUUUACCCUUUGAAAAGUGUAAGAAAUUAUACAAUUGAAUUAUUUAAUAGAAUAAAUACUCAUACUACCGGUAGUAAAUUUAUUCUAAGUUUAAACUAUUUUCAAAAAUUUGCUUAUGAGAGACAACUGGCCAACCUUCACGAAAAACAACAACAAAUUGAAAUGGCAAGUAGAAUGUCUCAACAAGGUUUUGAUGAUACUGAUAAUGGGGAAAUGAUUGCAAGUUCUGGAAAAUUUACUUAUAUUCCUGUCAAAGAUUUUUACCUGCUUGAAUUUGCAUUCCUAACCAUUGCAAUGGAAAUCACCACCUCCAAUGUUCUUUCGAUUAAGCAAUUAUCUGUCAGUAAUGUUUCUGCUACGUGGGCCGAAGUUCAACAACGCAGAGAACUUAGUGACGUUGCCAUCGAUUAUACUUUGCUGAUCGAUGUAUCUGGAUCCAUGACAUUAACAUUACAAGAUCCCUUGCCUCUAUGUUUUGCGGGACAUGAAUUAAAAGAAUCGGGCAUACGUCAAUGGUUUUGUGACGUAUGUGGAAAAAAUGGAACAACAUUGAAAUCUAAAUAUUAUUGCAGAACUUGCAGUUUUGAUGCUUGCCCUAGCCACUGUAAGCCUAAUGCUCGAUGUGUACCUGUUAAAAAAUGUGAUAGAAGUCAUUCUAUGCGAUAUGCAUCAUCUUAUGGACCAUGGAAAUGUGAUGAAUGCCAAAAGUUUUAUGAAGGGAAACGCUUAAGAUGUCAACAAUGUGACCAUGAUGUAUGCCCGUCAUGUGUGGCACUUGAGGGUCAUGUUUACUUGAUGGUUUUCAGUCAAAGUCUUACAAAAUGUGAAUGUACUUUUUCAAAAGUAACAGGCUC